CCUGCGUCAGGUGCCAGUGUUGCAGAGCUUGUAUUUCUGCAUCUCAGUUUGGAUCCACAGCUGCCCUCCUGCAACAGCUUAUAAUGCCAUCUUCUUCCAACAGUGCCUCUUCAGUGGAGCUGAACCCAGCCCUUGAACCUGUCAACUGGUUGCUGGGUACCUGGGAGAGUGAUGAACCUGGACAGGGAGGCUUCCACUCCAUCAAACCUUUCAGCUACACAGAGAAGCUGCACUUCAGCCACAUGGGACAACCAGCAAUGCACUUCAUGUUCAGUGCCUCUCCUGAAGAUUCAUCUAAGCCUUCACACAGAGAAUGUGGCUUCAUUCGAAUGCAGCCAAAGACCAACAGAGUGGCUUUCAUUAUUGCACAGGACUCAGGUCUGGUGGAGAUUGAAGAGGGAGAGCUCACAGGAAAGCAGCUGACCUUGAAGACCCACAAGUUGGAAAGAAUCUCUUUUGCCAAGGAGCCCCACGUGCAGCAGAUUUGUCGAGUGUUUCAGCUACGACCAGAUGGGAAGUUGGCGCAGACGGUUUCUAUGACACUAGACAAGAAGGAACCUACUCAGUACUUGAACAUCACCUACGUUAAAACAUCUUGAGCAAACAGGACAGCUUUUCCUACAACGGCAGCAUGUUGCACUUGCAUGUUAAUACUGCUUGUCUAUUCUGUGCUAAAUGGCUGGUGAGGGGCAGAAAUAAUGGUGGCAGUUGCAGACCUAUGCACGGUUUUGAGGGAUUGGUUACAAUUGUUGGUGGUGGUGCCCCUCCACCUCAUGUCAAAAUGUACAUGGUGGGUUUCUACUGGAAGGUGUAUCACUUGAUUUCACUGAAAUAAAUCUACUUGGUCAUCA